AUGAACACAAUUACGGAAUUAUUCCACGUAAGAACCCCAAGGGUGCAGGAACCAAAACAACUGGACAUAAAGAAGAUUUCUCAUGUGAAAAAUCCUCAGAAAGGAAGCGAUUGGAUGAAAUCUACAGUAAAUUUCGGUAAAAUCCGGUUCCGAAAUAAAAAACCUGCUGGUGCAAGUGAAGUAACGUUGACUAGUGGAGUAAUGUAUCAUGUGAAGUUGAGAAUCUGGAAAGAAGGAGGUGAAGAAAAGAUAUUCGAAAUCGAUUAUCAGUAUUUUGUGGCAUGCUCUUACGAAUUCGAACCCACAGAAACAGCUUCUCGACAAGGGCCACCGCAUGAAAAGAUGCCAUCUACGAGUGAUAAUUCUGUAAUGCCCCUAUUAGAUCUACCUGAGCUUCAAGCACUCGGUGCAUUUCCGUCUAUUGGAAAUUGUUUCCAACUGCAUCAAAUGAAUCUGAUGCCAGCUCUUCAAACAUUCGUGGCUAAUACCAAUUUUCAAACUCUACGAGGCAGAAUUCCUGAGCGGCUUUCGCAACAAGGAGCCGGACCAUUUUUAAAUACACAACAUGUCAACACUGAACAAAACCAACCAGAAACGAUGCCAUCUAGAAGCGAUAAUUUUGAAUUUUCACUGUCUCCUCUUUUUGAGUUGCAAAUUGCCAAUGGAAUGUUGCCUCAUAUAUAUCCAGAAUUUGCUUACUCAGUUGCGCAGGCUCUUCAUUCAAUUUCUAACCAACCACAAGCCGGGCAAGUUCUAACUGUUCCACCUCCAGUCAACAUUAUUCAACCACAAGUUGUCGUGGAGCCAAUUGAAGAGCCUCCAAUCAAUCUAAAACCUGAACAAGAACUUCCGAGACAUCCAGAACAAGAUUAA